CUUCUAUGUCUUCAACGGCGUCAGCCAUGCUACCGGCUCUUCCAGGAUCCUGUCUUUACAACUUAGGAGGCCAGUACGGAUAUUUCCACAGCCCAAAUUACCCAUCUAACUACGACCACCAACUUUAUUGUGUUUGGGUUAUUACUGUACCAAAUGGCUACUACAUAUACCUCCGCUUUGAUCAUUUUCAUCUGGAAGGUAGCUUUGGAAGUUGCCCUUACGACUACGUGCAGAUAUAUGACGGAACUUCUCACCAAAGCCUCACAAUAAAGCGCUGCGAUCAUCAAAACUCUUGGUGUGUUUACAGUCACAGCAACGUCCUUUAUGUAUAUUUUGUGACGGAUCAUUCUGUAUCCUACUCUGGUUUCACUGCUUAUUAUGAAAGAGUCCAUGAAACAUAUUAUGUCUGCCCGCAUCCAAAUGCAACUCACCAUUUACCAUCGAGUACUUUUAGUGGUAUAUCUUCAACACCAGGUGCAUGUACUUAA